AUGGAUAAAAUUGUAAAUUAUAAGUAGGCCGCCUCUGUAACUGCCUUCGAGACUGAGGAUAUUCCAACUCUUGUUUAAGAACUCAAGAAAUUGUUAAAUGAUGAGUUCCCUUGUUUUGUGUAUUUCUAGAAAGAGUUUGAGAAGUAGGUUAAGUUACUAUAAUAGAGCUUCCCCGAUGCAAGCAUAAGAUUUGCAAUGAAGGCGAACUCAAACAAAAGUGUGCUGAAACUAUUUGAGAUGAAUGGUUUGCACUUUGACUGCAGCUCUGUUUAUGAAGUUUAAAGAGUGAUAAGUGCGGGUAUUGAUGCAUCUAAGAUAGAGUUAGUUUCUUAGGAAAUUACUCAGAAAUCUUUAUCAUAUCUAUCGAAAUUAGAGGGUUGUGAAAAGCUUAGAAUAAUUGCAAGCUCUUCUAAAUAGCUUGAAUUACUUGGCAAAUCUUAAUUUAAGAAUCAAGUCUAAGGUAUCAGGAUUAAUCCUGGAGAAGGAUCUGGUGCCAGUCUAAAGACCAUUGUCUCUGGUCCAAGAUACAGCUUUGGAAUCUGGUUUGAGCAAAUUGAUUCGAUAAUCUAAAAGGCUGAUGAACUUGGAAUUAAAAUCAAGACUGUUCACUCUCAUAUUGGUGCUGGCACUGAUCCAAAUAAUUGGCUCGAAAUCGCUGAGAUUCAGUUAAAGCUAAUUGAAGAAAAGUUCAGAGAUGUGGUAAUAGUAAACCUUGGAGGAGGGUUUAAGAUAUCCAGAAAUGAUAGUGAGCUAGAGACAAAUGUAUCUCUACUAGGAUAGGCUAUAGUACAAAAGAUUCAGAAUUUUAAGAAGAAGACUGGCAGAGAUCUCAAGCUUGAAAUCGAGCCAGGCAUUUUUCUCACUGCCAAUUCUGGUAUACUUAUCACGGAGAUAGUAGAUAUUGUUAGCACAGAGAAUAAUACACAUGAGGAGCAAGGAUUCAAGUUUCCUAAAGUUGACUCUGGCUUAAAUGACAUCAUAAGACCAUCCCUUUACGGAUCAAGACAUCAAAUAAAAGCUGUAUCUUUAAACAAGCCUGAAAAAUCUGCUCACACAGAAAUGUGUGUAGUUGUUGGCCAUUGCUGUGAAAGUGGAGACUUGAUUACAUGCAAGCCUGGGGAGAGUGAAAUCCCUGAACCUAUACCAUUGUUAGAUCCUCAAAUAGGAGACUAUCUCGCAAUUAAAGGUACAGGCGCCUAUUGCUCAUCGAUGAGCUUGAAGAAUUACAAUUCAUUCCCAGAGAUUAGUGAAGUCAUGGUAACUUCAAAUAAUGAGAUUAAGAUUAUUAGAGAUAGAUAAGAUGCUCUUGCUAUUUCAAAGAAUGAAUUCUAGAUAUAUUGA